AGCUCUCUUCGCUUCCUGCCUGGCGGAGGGAGGGGUUGGUGCUGACGGCUGGGAGGACGAGCUGCACGUCAAGAAAGCCUUGGAAAGCGAUAAUAAAAGAGGGAAAAGGGCCCAAGGUUUUACCUUCCAUAGGGAUAACUUAUCGCUCGAGUCUGAUUAGCAACCGAAGCGAGCGCAAUGUCGUCCAGUCGUCAGCUUAGUGAAAGCAGGGCCAUCCCGACCAGGACGGUGCUGAUCAACGACUCAACGCAGCUACCUCACGACUAUUGCACCACUCCAGGGGGCACUUUAUUCUCUACCACCCCGGGAGGUACCCGAAUAAUCUAUGAUCGCAAGUUCCUGUUAGACCGGCGCAACUCACCCAUUGCCCAGACCCCACCAGCACACCUGCCGGUUAUCCCAGGAGUGACAAGCAAAAAUGUCCUGAAUGAAAAGAAAAGAAAUGAAGCUAACAACAUCAACAAUCAUGAUGCCAAACCAGGGCAAGGUGAAGAUGCUCAGUUUGAGAUGGACAUCUAAAGAAGAGAAACCAACUUGAAGAAUGAUUAUUUACCUGGUACCUGUGUGCCAGUGGCUUGGCUUGUAGAAACCAAUGUUGUGAGCCCUCUCCUUUAGCUCUCUCUAGCUGCAGGGUGCUGCAUAAUCAUGGGGAUAUUUGACUAAUGUUUGCCCAAUUGGGCUGCAGGAGCCCUGAAAGUUAACCUUAUGAGCUUUCUCUGUUUAAGUUUCAGGGCAACCUCCAGCUGUACUUGCUUUGUCACAGAGCAAGGGAAAAUUCUGUAUUGUAAGUGCCCGGACUUUUUACAAGUUUACUGUAAUAGAAUCAUAAACGAAUCGGCCAUCAGAGAUUCACUGCUGAUAGUACAUCGUUGUUUUCAAAGUACACUGUUCCAGUCUACUUUGUUCACAAGUAAAAUAAUUUGCAGACAAGUCAGCCAAACUGUAAUCAAAAUGAACGUGUUCUCCCAAAUUUAAUCAUGGUUUUCUUUCCCUAUCAAAAAAAAAAUGGAAAUACGGAAUACUUUGAUUUUUCUUUGUAAUGCUAACAAGGAGCAGCAGGAUUAGCACCAUAAUUUUGGUUUAAAGAUAAAUAGACUUGCAUAUUCAUUCCAAGUUUUUUAUAUCAGUUAAACAUUCGUAUACUCUUGAUUUUUUUUUUAAGACUUGAGGUUUUUUGGAAUUUGAUUAGUUCAGAUGAAUAGUUUUAUAAAACUGUCAUACCACAGACCUUAAUAAAUCAUUUGAAUUCAUACAGAAUCAUGAUGCCAAACAAAAUCACCAGAUUUUUUUUUUAAGACUAAUGCAGAACUUUCCUUAAAGUCACCAUUUCAGUUCAGUUUUCCUUAGUCCUUUCUUCUUAAAGUAAAGGUUAAUUUAAGGUAAAAAUAAUAUUAACAGAUCACUGUUUGGAAUGAUCAGAUUGUUACAUUUGAUCAGAGAAAAUGGUUGUUGCUCAGACUCAUCCCGGUGACAAUACGGUUUGUUCCUAGCUUGCGUGCAUGGCAAGCUACUUUAGGUGAUACUUGAAGGAUUCCCAUCAGCUCUGUAGUCACUGUAUCUGAUAAGCACUUCUGGUCAAAGGUAUACAAUACCUAGUGCUGUUAGACCGGAUAAGGAUUUCAUGUACUUAAUGAAACAUUACGACAAAAAGAGAGCUGGUCUCAGGAAGUACUUGCGCUAUGUACCUAACAAGUACACUUAUUAUUGCCCCACUCAUGGGAGUAAUAACAGUGAAUAUUUAACAUUAAUAUCAGAUGUGAUAUUUGCUGUCACUUUCCGAUUACUACAAUUCUUACAAACCUUGAUAAUCAAAUCAAAGGUAGAAAAGCACUGAAGUGUCGUUUGGUCAUUUUACUAUCUCACAACUACACAAUGUGAAAUUUCAAAAUUUCUUUAAACGAUGGAUAGUUUUGUAGUGACCAGACAUUCAUAUUUUGAUUCAGAUCAAAAAAUCUUGAAAACUUGAAUCUUUUUACUGCUCUUCUAUGCAUGUUGUUUUGAUCUGCUCUUUGUUUCACAUGUCAGAAUCAAGUUAACAUUACUGAGUUACCUUAUUUUUGGGGAUGCCAAAUCUUCUGAAAAAAGCUUUGAUUAAUGUUGAAAGUUAAUUAAACAAAGAGAUUAUUCAAACAAGUGGCCUAGAAAACUUAGUCUCGUUCUAUGUUUGUUAUCCCGGCAGAGAAAUAAUUUUUUUCUCUCAAACCAUUUCUUGUGCUUCGCCUCUGUAUCCAUGCCUUACUAAGCUGAACAGCUGUUUCAAUGCAGUUCCCAUUGCAUACCUUAAAAGAGGAUUAUUUCCUUUCCAUUGGAUUUCUUUUUAUUAUUCGUCCCUGAUAUUAAGUUGAGAAUUAACUGAAUUUGCUAUGUUUUACUAGAAAGCAAUUAUAUUUUUGAAAACAUGUUUAAUAUCAUUUACUUUCUUACGGAGAUGGAAAGAUUAGGACAUAAAUCAGUGCAAUGUUUGUAAUACAAGUAAUGGGUUGUUUGACUUAGGUUUGGUUGGGUGUUAGGUUUUCCUUGAUCGUUACAUUUAAACUUUCUAUCAAAUAUUCAAUACUGGUGAAUUGAAUUCAAAUCCUUGAGAACUUGAUGCACAUUGUCCGUUGUAAAUCAUAAUCAAAUUUCUGUCAAAGUCACUUUUAAAUAAUGGUGAUUUAAAGGGAACUUAUCAUUUUACUACCCUCGUAAUAUAUUUGAGUUACUCUAAAAUAUGAAAGUUUAAAUUUUGAAAAGGAUCACUGCUAACUUUUGCUUCCCUAAGGUAUCAGAAAUGUAUUUAGCUCUGUACAGGGGGAUUUUGGGUGAAAGUGUUUUAUCUAAUGUGGCAGAAAUUUCAAACUUUAUUUUCUUUUUUUCUAAAACCCUGUUUAGUUUAAUUUUAAUAAAAUGCCAAUGCCAGUGGACACUGUUACAGCAAGAUGAAUAAAAAGUUCCUUGACAUCA